CGAAAAACUCUCAGUUCCCUCACAACCGCCACUUGCGCCCCGGUUUGUCUCUGAGAAAAGGCUCAAAAGGAAUUCACCUCUUCAUGGGCAAAUAAAUUUUACUGUCGCCGGGGAUACGGCGUCCUGUGAUAUACAUUUAAAUGUGGAAUUAUCGGAGGACAAAGGGAGAAUUGUCUCAGUCACUUCGUCGGUGGAUUAAUUCUAUUUUUUCGCGUCAAAGUGUCAGAGUUUGAGUUUAUGUCGGUCAUGCUGUGAUUUUGGGGCCUGUUGGGGCCCAGGGCCGAAUUUUUCGAUCUUCUGCCGGUGGUGCAGUGUCCAGUGUUGAAAUUAAUUCGAGCAGUUGACCGGCAUCACGAGUAAUAUGCGUGAUGCAUAUUUAUUAUUCCCAAGUCCAACAAUGAGUGUGUGUUGAGUGCCAUAAAGACCCCCCAAAACAAAUUCGUUACGAGGUCUUUCACAAUAACAAAAGGAGAGAAAAAAAAGCAUCAGAGGGGUCAGUAGUAAAUUCAUCUCGAAUUGAACAAUCAAUUCCUCGAGUUUAUCUGGGGAAUUCCAAGAUCGAGAGGGCAAAAAUGGACGCCCGAGGAUGCACAACUGAUAUCUCUCCACCGAUGACCGGACGAUGAGAAAUGGCAACCCCAGUGUCGCCAUCCUGUCCAGGCACAUGCCUGGGUCAGAUACCCCAGUCAUCGCGCUGUGCAAAUCUCGAAUUUCCACCACCACCACCAUAUCCACCUCCAACGGCUGAACAAUCCACAUCCCAACAUCAACGACUCAUUCAGGAUUACUCCUACGCAUGUUACGAGCCAGGUCCAAGCUCAAUUUAUCCCCGUGGUGGCUACCAAGAGGGUGGACAGCGAAUGUGGAAUUGUCACAUACAGUGUGGAACACCUGUGCGAGAUCCAACUAAAAGACACACCUAUGUUACACGAUAUGGAACUGAGGAGAACAUCUACGAGGAGAUAUCCGAGAUCAGUAGACAAUGUCGCCUGGGUAUCUCGGGCUCCGGACGAUCUCUAGUUGAUGAGGAAGUUCGAAGAGUUCAAUUAGGUCAUCGUCGUGUCCUCGGGGAAUUAAAUCUGAGUGUCGAGGCGAUGUUGAUGCCCUCGAUGAUCGACGAGAUCGAUGAAAAUUCCGAGAUGAUGCGACACGAUGACGAGGAAAAGCGAAAAAUACUCCACAGUAUUUUAGCAGAGGAGUCUAUGUCACCAGUUGGAUGUGAUCUCGACAGUGGAUUCAGUGGCAGCUCAAGUGCCAGUUACAGAUCUGGACUGGGAUCUCUCCGUCGUGACCUUGGCAAAAAUUCUCUGGCCUCAACAUCUUGCACGAAACUCAUCGGCAGUACGACUCGACGAAACAAAGCAACAAUGAUUUGGAAGAAGGGAUUGAAGAGCUGGAAGAAGCUGCAUGCCUUCACUAACUCCUCGAAAGUCUGUGAUGAGCCUCGCUCUCGCUGUCAAUCCUGGGACGACGUAGUGCCACCCCCAAGAAUGGACCAAUUGACAAAACGUCAGAGCCUCCAGCAGCCGCCACAUCAUCUGCUGGAAGCAACGAGCUCCAAUGCCUCAGUGCAAUCCGUUAAAAGCGAGGACUCCUGGUGUUCAGCAUCGGAUCACGAGCCGUCGUCCGACGACGAGUCCGAGAAGAGCAACAUGAGCAUAAAGAGUAACUGUCAAUUACGCAAUACCCUGCACAAGGCCAAGACCCUGUGCGACAAGUGGAGGACCCAAAAUAUAAGACUGAAUAAUGCAAAUGCCGAGACUAUUGACACAUCAAUCAAUCAGGGGAGAUUAUCGAGAUGGUUCAGCAUCAGGCGAGGAUCAACUCAUCAUUAUGACGUUGACUCUUCGUCAUCUGAUACGUCCACUGUCUCGAUGUGCAGUCCUAUCAAGGGACAGCCAUCAUCAACACCUCUUCAGAGAUCACCAGUACCCAGUGCCAACACCAUGACACGUUUAAUUGAGGAGGAGGAGACUUAUGGAUCAAACUCAUCGCCAGCAGCUGCGAUUAUGCAAUUCCAAUGUCCUCAUCAUCACAGACAGCCACCCCCAACUCUACCCCCAGCUCCAUCAAAACUGACACAACAGCAAUUAAAAAGACGUCUCAUUGUGGCGGCCCUUGUACAAUCGGAGAACAGUUAUGUCGCAACGUUACAGAGACUCGUUAAUGGGUAUAAAAAACCAUUGGAGGAGUCCUCACCACCGAUACUCAGUCAAACUAAAAUAGCAACUCUUUUUCAUCGACUACCCGAGAUACUGCAGUGUCAUACAUUGUUUAGAGUGGCUCUCGCCGAGUGUGUCGAGUCUUGGGACAAGGAUGAGAGGCUUGGAGAUGUAUUCGUCGCGAGUUUCAGUAAAGCACUCGUUCUCGAUAUUUAUAGUGGAUUUAUCAAUAAUUUUUCCGUUGCCAUGGACCUCGCCAAGCAGGAGUCCAAACGGAAAACUGCACUUGCUGAUUUUUUCAAGGUGAAGCAAAUAAGUGCCCAUGAUAGGCUGUCCUUCUUUGGACUGAUGGUGAAACCAGUGCAGAGGUUUCCACAAUUCAUUCUCUUCCUUCAGGACCUUUUGAAACACACACCACAAGGUCACCAUGACAGGAUGUCCCUGCAACUAGCCCUGACGCAGCUAGAGAGUUUAGCAGAAAUGUUGAAUGAAAGGAAACGAGAGGCCGAGCAAUUCCAGGCAUUCAAAGAAAUGUUACGUCACGUUUCUGGAAAGCUCUCCCACCGGCCACUUUCAUCUUCCUCUAGAUAUCUGAUAAGAGAGGACAAUGUUACACAAUUGGAAUUCAAUGCCAGUGGAAUGAUAACAAAGUCCAAAAGAAGAAGAUUAUUGUUGCUUAAUGAUUUGGUUGUUUGUGUGUCGGUCGCGCCAAGAUCGAUCGAUGAUUUUUCCAGCAGCGAGAGGCUCACCCUCAAGUGGACGCAUCCGGUGUCCGACAUUGAGAUUCAAGACACCAGUACAUCGCCAACACUGAGCCGAUUACUCACCGCUGGAUUGAACAAAGGCGGCAGUUUGAAGUCCGACAAGAGUGGGGGAAUGAAUGAGAGUAGUCAGGCAGGUGCUGAUACCCUCUGCGUGGAAAUGAAUGAUCUUAUGCAUGAUUACGAGGUCAUGUCGAGGAUAAGUGAUUUGGUUACACAACUCAAGGGCACGUAUGAGGGUAUAUCAGUUCAACAGACGAAGCAGAUACUUCAGUCGAUUCAGUCGUCAGUCCAGCAGAAGGACGAGGACAUGAUAUGGGCGGACAGCUGUUGCCUCCAGCUGAGUACAAAACAAGGACAAAUGUACACCUUCCAAACGGAGAAUCCCCUGGUGAAGAAGGAUUGGAUUACAGAAUUGCGUCUUGCCCAGCUCGCUCUGGACCCCAACAACUCACCCUCCUGGGAAGUACCUGAGCAGGAGCAACGGCCCAGCACCAAGAUGCCGCUCUUCGUCAAAUCCCAGCCUGUCUACAGCUCCCAAUAUGCGUCAGAAGUCACCUGUGGCUGCUACUACACCACUCAGUCACCAAAACCAACGAGAAGACACACCUCGAGGCAUCCUCAGAGCUACCUCUGGAUCUGCACGGGUAAUGGUGUCUCCAGUCACAUCACGGUCUUCUCCCAGUCGACGUCUGCAACGUCUUCCUCGACUUCCCUGAAGAAGACGUCGGCAUUCGAUCUUUUUGAGACGAAAGUUACAGCUAUCGAGUUCGUCAAGAGCUUCAGCACUCUCAAUCCUGAUCUGAUAUUCCUGGGAACGGAUUCUCAUAAAGUCAUAAUUUAUAAUGCCGUGGAGCCUGAGAAACAGGAGCAGAUGGGAAUGUACCCAACACCUGGAUCUGUCAUUCAGAUCAAGUAUCACUGCGACAAUAUCUUCAUUGCUCUGGACACGGGGAAUCUCUUGAUUUACAAAAGGAAUCAGGAUGGUAGCUGGAAUCUUUCGGCACCGAGUCAAGCAUCUCUGGGUCGCGAUCCAGUCGCCAGUCUGAUGCCCAUCAAUUCGACGGUCUAUGCAGCGUCUGGUAAGAAGGUAUGGGUCCUCUCGGGCCCCACUGGUGAAGUCCUGAAGAGCUUCUCCGUUCAGCACGAACACGUGGGGAAUGUCAAGCUGAUGGCGCACUCUGGUGUUGGGCUCUGGGUGGCCCUCAAGAACUCAUCCACCGUCUGCCUCUACCACACUGAGACGUUCAAGCACCUUCAGGAUAUCAACAUCGCCUCGAAUGUCCUCAGGGUCACCAAGACCUCAAUAUUGGACAGACUUGGAACACCUGGGGAGAACGGUGAGAACGCCUCCGUCACGGUGACAGCUCUCAUGGCCUGCAAGGGUCUCCUCUGGGUGGGGACUAACGUCGGCAUCAGUCUCACUAUUCCCCUUCCUCGAUUAGAGGGCGUUCCCAUAAUCAGUGGACGUGUCAAUAUAAGUUACCACGCCCAUUUCGGACCAAUCACAUUUUUACUGGCACUUCAGAACUCCAAGGUCGUUUAUCCGAAAGAGGAACUCGAGGUGGAGGAGGUUAAGGGUAACGAGGAAGAGGUCAAUAAGAAUAGAGUUGACAAGUUGAAGCAACAGUUGGCGGGUAGUCCUGUGGCCUUGAGACGAAAAAAGGUGAGAGAGAGUGAGUACAGGGGUUCUAAGACACUUCCCAGGGGCUUCGGUGGGAAUUUCUCCGCCCAGGGGGCAUUCCUCGGGAACUCCCUGAGUAAUUCGUCGGGAUCGUCAGGGGAGAAUUGCAAUGUUUAUGGUUUGUAUGAGGAACUUAUGUACCCCAGGAACUACGAGAAUGAUAAUAAUUCAGGCGUUGAUACUAUUUAUGAGAGCCUCAGGCGUUCUGAUCCCGAACUUGGGGGCGUGCCUAGUAAAGUUAAUACUCUCGAUCGACGGCUUAAGAUGAAGAUAACGAGGCCCAGGUCUCUCGAUCUCAGCAAUUGGUCAGUCGAUUCACAUGCAAGCUCUUUGUACACGUCGUCCGGGUCCGAGGAGAAUCUCUCCAAGGGCAAGCUUUCCAGAAAUGGGUCCUGUGUUAGUAGGAGUGGGGGUCGGGAGGCGGGAUUUGCAUUUACGGGUGGGGGAAAAGAGGAAGAUAAAGCGACAAAGGUGUGUAGCAAGGGCACGGGGAAGAGGAAGGUACAGGUUGUUGAGCAGCCGAAGAGAACUGUUCUUACCCUUAUGGGGGGCAGAGGGUAUGUUAAUUGGAGGCAAUUGGGGGGUGUUCAGGGGAAAGGGAUGAGAGAGCCUAAUAGUAAUGAUGCACAUAUUGUUUUGUGGGAGAUGAAGUUGUAGGGGGAGGGAUGAAUGUGCGAGGGGCUGAGGGCGACCUGGGGGAGCUUCUUCGGGGAAGGGCUUGGAAGUGGGUCGUCAUGGUAAUCGUUUUCAGGGAAAAUUUUGCUGGCUUUCACGUGGUCGUGAUCAUUUUUUUCCCUUGAUCUCAUUUUCAGAGAUAUUUGGGGCGAGAGAUAGAACGGUUCGUGGGAUGGAAAUGAGUUUAGGCUCAGGUUCUCCUCAGCCACUUUGUGUAUUUAUUCCCAACUCUCCCGGUGCUUAUUUAACGUGCAAAUCGACAAUAAUCUGAAAUUAAGAAUCUCAAAGAGAAAUUAUUUUUUUUUCUAUUCGUCACGUCAAUUUUUUUUUCGUUAAUCCCAAUGCAAUUUGUUCUCAUGGAAAAAGACAUUCCUAAUUUAUUAAUGACGUGAAAAUGACUUAAAAAUGAUGAAAAAAAGUUGAUUAUAAAUCACCAAAGAAAAAUUGAAGAAGACGAAAAAUACAUUCUUGUAUGAAAAUUAUUUUUCAAAACAAAUGUAAUUAAGAAGAAUCCACUAGUAAAUUUUUCUGAUGAAAAAUUCAUUUUUUGUUGAAAUAAUGUUAAAUAAGCCAUGGAUAUAUAUUAAUAAUGUUCAAAUUUUCUGGGCCUUGUUAGUUAUUAAAUCGUGAAAUUACUAUUGAAAAAACAACUGUUCACAUUUUAUAAAUAAGCGAAUGGAAUAAAAAACAGUUGAAGCUUUUUCUUAUAGAAAUUUUCGAUCGAGUUUUUGAACUAAAAUAUUUAUAUAUAUUUUCUGCCAUUGUUUUUUUCCGCAAAGUAUUUGUGGAGAGAGAAGCAACAAUUAAUCACUUGGGAAAUGAACUUUGUUAGUUCUUAAUUAUUAUAUUCUUGUGAUAAGAGAAACUAGAAAAAUUAUAAUAAUGGUUGAUAACACGAAUGUUACCCCGUAUUGCGUGAUUGAAAUGAAUGAAUCUAGUUGAUUAGAAAAAUUAAAUGGGAGAUUUGAUGUGCUUUCGAAUGCUCGGUGAUGAAUUUUCUUUUGUAUGAGAAGUAUAUGACAGGAGUUUAUGUAUAUACAUAAUGCACUCGAAGGCCAGCAGGUGCCAUUGUAAAAUUCUCACAAUUAUGUUUACUCAUUACUUUUCUCUUCAUUAUUUUUGAUUUUCUUUUUUCUUUGUAAUUUAAACAAACGUUAUUGAGAUA